AUGUCGACAUACCUUCUUCCCGAUCGAAAUACAUGCUACCAACCCACCUCUAUUACAGCCGAAAACCAAAUCCCUACAGAAGAAGAACAAGCCUACAAGAAGCUCGAUGAAAAGCUCAAAGGCCUUCUUGCAACUCUCCCCAAAGACAAAGGCUGGAGAAGCGCAAACAUCUAUCUACACGAAGCUUUCAUGAAGUGUGGAACCACCUGGCUAAAGGCUCUUAUGUUCGCCACCGCUAACCGCCACCGUUACAGUUUUUCUGAUCAUCCCCUUCGUCGCAAUGGGCCCCAGAGUGCUUUCCCGUUUCUUGACACACACAUUUUUCUUGAUUAUCCGAUAACUAAGUUUGAGCAUCUCCCUUCUCCUCGAAUGUUCGCCACACACUUUGCUCAUAGCUUGUUACCGAUCUCAUUGUCAUCACCUUCCUCGACAUGCAAGUUUGUUUACGUGUGUAGGGAUCCAAAAGAUGCACUCAUUUCCAAGUGGCACUUCAUGAGCAAACUUAGGUCGAAAGAACUACCACCCCUUUCGUUCAAUGAAGCUUACGAACUGUUCUGCAACGGGGUCUCUGAGUACGGACCAUUUUGGGACCAUGUGUUGGGAUACUGGAAAGCUAGCCAGGAAGCACCUGAGAAGAUCUUGUUCUUGAAGUACGAGGAUAUGAAGAGGGAACCCUCGGUGGAGCUGAAGAAGUUGGCGGCGUUCAUGGGAAUGCCUUUUUCGGCGGAGGAGGAGAAGAGAGGGGUGGUGGGAGAGAUUGUGAAGCUUUGUAGCUUUGAGAAUUUGAGUAAUCUUGAGGUGAAUAAUGAUGGUGGCGGUGCUCAGAAGUUUACGGCGCAGGUGGUGGUGGAGAAUCGGGAUUUUUUCAGAAAAGGGAAGGUGGGAGAUUGGAAAAAUUAUUUGACAGAGGAGAUGAGAGAGCGAAUUGAUUCGAUCACUGAAACCAAGUUUAAGAAUUCGGGGUUAACACUGGGUCUUACAAAAAAUGCUUGA